AUGCUUCCCGCACGGGCAAUUCGACCAGCUCUUCGAGUGAUCCCGAGUCUGCGAAAUGCAUCACUGAGACCUCAACCGCUACCAAAGAGAUGGUACUCCGACAAGAAACCCGCCGCGCCCGCGGAUAGCCCCGACGAGUACGACCAUCGCAAGCUGGGCGUCCAGCAGGAGCUGUUCACCACGUCCGUCUACAGCCCCGGGUCCCCAAUCUUCCUCCCCAACGGCACGCGAGUCUUCAAUCGCCUGGUGGACUUUUUGCGACGGCAGUACACCCACUACGGCUUCGACGAGGUCAUCACACCGAACAUCUACAAAAAGUCCCUCUGGGAGGUGUCAGGCCACCUGCAAAACUAUGCCGACGACAUGUAUACCGUCACCAGCCGUGCGCGCGCCGCCGAGGCUGCGGCAACGAGCUGCUGUGGUGAUAGAGAGACCCCCCAAGAGGGCAAAGGUGCUGAGAGUCGACUGGCGGAGGGCGAGGACCAAGACUAUGGCCUCAAGCCUAUGAACUGCCCUGGGCAUUGCCUCAUCUUCGCCUCGAAGAACCGCAGCUACCGCGAUCUUCCCAUUCGUUACGCCGACUUCAGUCCUUUGCACCGGAACGAGGUCUCGGGCGCCCUCAGUGGCCUGACGCGCGUGCGACGUUUCCACCAGGACGAUGGCCACAUCUUCUGCCGACCGAUCCAAAUCAGGGAAGAGGUCUUCAAGACGCUCGACUUCAUGAAGACUGUAUACGGGGCCCUGGGCUUGGAUUACUUUGAUUUUGCGCUGUCUACCAGGCCGGCGGAUCAUUACAUCGGCACCGAUGCGGAAUGGGAGCGCGCAGAGGCGCAGCUGCGCGAUGCUCUUGAGCAGGCUGGGCUGAAGUACACGAUCAAGGAGGGAGACGGCGCAUUCUACGGUCCAAAGAUCGACGUCAUGUUGCGUGACUCUGACGGGAAGUCUCACCAGGCUGGCACCAUUCAGCUCGACUUCCAACUCCCUCAAAGAUUCGAGCUUGAGUAUAGCGCACCCGCGCCAAAACAAGAGACUCAGGGCGUGCCAUUGGAGGAAGUUGACGCGGCAGAGCUGGAGCAGAACGGCGUGGUGACGCCCGUACUGAUUCACCGCGCCAUCUUGGGAUCCGUUGAGCGUCUGAUGGCGCUUUUGAUCGAGGAGUACAAGGGCAAGUGGCCUUUCUGGUUGAACCCACGCCAGGUUGCAAUCUUGUGCCUCAACGACACGAAGCCUGUCUUGCAAUGGGCUUCGGAAGUCAAGAACGUCCUGACGGGCCAUAGUCAUGAUAGGGCAAGGCAGCCGCAGCCGACCGGCUUCGCAGUUGAAAUUGAUGCCAGCAAGCGGCCGCUGUCGAAGAAGGUUGCAGAGGCGCAGAGCAAGCAAUACAGUCUCUGCGUUGUGGUGGGCCCCAAGGACGUCGAGAGCGGAACAGUUGCCGUGAGCGACCGGGGGGCCGGCUACAAGGGAAAGGCCAACAUGACUCCCGGUGAUCUGCUUGAAAAGAUGAAAGAAAUGGCGGCGACAUACCAAUAG